CAUCCCAGCCCAGGCUCCCCGGUGCAGACGCCGCCGCCCCCUCCCAGCCGCUUCUCGCCCCUGCCCGGGGACACAAAGGGGUCUGUGCGCCCGCCGCCCGCCCGCUCACCCGCCGCCGCUCUCUGCCCCGCAGGCCGAGCCAUGGUGGAGCCGCCGGCCGAGCCUCCCCCGCAGCCCUGCCCGGCGCCCGGGGGGGCAGCGGGGGGUGAGCCGGCCCGUCCUGGAGAGCAGUCGCCGCUGCUGCACCUGGACCUGUACAACUUCGACUGCGCGGCGGCGGAGGGCAGCCGGUACGUGCUGACCAGCCCGCGGUCCCUGGAGGCCUGCGCCCGCUGCGCCGUGCGGCCCGUGGAGCUGCUGCCGCGAGCGCUGGGGGACCUGCUGAGAGAGGCGCCCGGGCGCUCCAUGCGGGUCGCUGCCGGCCUCUACGAGGCCUACGAGCGGGAGCGCCGCCGCAAGCUGCAGCAGUGCCGGGAGGAGCGGGAGAGGAUUAUCCGGGAGGAGAAGAGGCGGAUCCUCGCGCCCCUCGGCAGCCUGCCGCCUUCACCCGCCGCCCGCGUCUCCUCCCGGGCUGCGGCCGCAGCUGCCGGUGGACCCCGGACCCAUGGCGGGGGGAAGGCUAGGGCAUCGAGGGGUGCCAAGGGCAAGAGCCACUCUCUGGACUCGCUGCAGAAGCGCCGGGAGGGUAGCUGGGGCAAGACCUCCUCCGAGUCGGGCGCCUCAUCGUCCUACAGCGGGGAGAGCCUGCGGGAGCGCGGGGGCAAGGUGGGCGGCCGGGGUCGGGGGGCAGCCGCCGUGAACGGGACCCUGCUGGGGCGCAGCUUCAGYCUGGGCGAUCUCAGCCACUCGCCACAGACUGCCCAGAGAGUCGAGAGGAUCGUCAGGGAGGUGAAGAGGAAGAAGGGUCUCUCAGAGGUGCCUGAAAGAGACAAGAAAAUCGCGGCGCUGAUGAUCGCCAAGCACCAGGAGGCCAACAUCCUGCGGGAGCAGCGGCAGGCGGCCCAUCUGCAGUGGGACAGCCAGCGGCGCCUGGCUGAGCAGCGGAAGGAGCAGGAGGAGAAGGAGAAGCAGCGGGCCCUCUUGCAUGGUCAGCGGAUGUGGGAGAGCCAGGUGGAGAAGCGGCGAGGGAGAUUGAACCAGGAGCAGGAGGAAGCCGCCCUGCUGAAGCAGAGGCAGCUCCUGGUGUGUGAGGAGAGGUGGCGGGAGCAAGCGGAGAAGCAGGAGCGACURCGGAGGGAGAGGCUGGAGAGGGCCAUCCAGGAGGAUAAGCAGAAAAAGCUCCAUCAAGAGCUCAACCUGAAGGCAAAGGAGGARGUCAAGAAGGAGCACCAGGAACGAGAGGAGCAGCUCCUGCAAGAGAAGCUGUCCAUCGCUGCGCAGAAGAGGCUGAAGAAGGAGGUGCAGCUGCAGAAGGAGAAGAGACUGUUCAACCAAGCAGAGAAGCUAAAGCACGAGGCCUUGCUCAAGGAACUGGCCAAGCAAGAGGCAGAAGAGAAGGAAAUGCUGAAGGCAUCCCUGAAGAUGAGUUUGACGAAGGCUCAGGAGAACUACGAGCAGCUUGUGGAGAAGAGGAACCAGGAGCUGAGGGAGAAGGCCAGGCGUGAGGAGAUGCAGAUCCAGAGAGCUAAACUGGCAGCAGAGAAGAAGGAAAGAGAGCAGAAGGAGCACUUGGAAGCACUGGCUAGAGAAACAGAGAGAAAGCUCCAGCAUGCUGCCCAGGUGGCUGAAGAGGCUGUACAAGAAAAAGCCCGCAGAGUGGUCAUGAGCCGUCUGGAAAAGGAAAAACUGCAGAAGAUGAACAAGCAAAAGGUGGAACAGUAUGAGGACCUAAGGCGCAGGGAAAUUCUCCUCUCUAUAGAGAGGAAGCUGGAGAGAAGUGAGCAGAUUUUCAAGGAGAAGAAGACUGUCUUAGAAAAUGCCAGGUCUGUUGCUCGAGCAUCCUUCCACGUCCGAGAAAAGGUGCGGGAGGAGACAAACAUGCGCACCUUUGACAAGAUGGCUUUCGAAGCAGAACUGCAUGCUCACCUUAGUAAGAAGUGAAAGAUCUCAUCAUGGAUGAGUGAGGAUGCAUCACUGGUUGCCCAUYGUAAUGUGACAGAAAGCUCCUUGGCUGAGCAUUUAAAAAACAAGGAAAACCAACAUCCACCCUAGUUUCUUAUUUUGGGGGAGCAGGGUACCGCACAAAAACGUGGCAGCUAUUUCACAUACUGUUUUAAAUCUUGUUUUUCAUUCUGGGUGURUAUUAAGGACUGACCUCAGUCAUCUUUACAGAGAGGAAGCAAGUUUUUGUGUCCUCCACCCCACAAGCACAUGUAUUUUCUCAGAGAGGGAUGCAAAAGUCUGCUUGAAGCCUCUGGGUUACUGGUUGAUUGUUAGUAGUCAGAGAUGGCUACUGCUGCAUUCUCCAGCUGGAAGUGCAAGCAGAGGUUACUGAUACUAGAGCCUGCUGAAGAAGAACCAAAAGCACCCAAACUGAUUCUGCCAGGAGUGAURGGCAGUUUGGUUUGAAUUACAGGACUGCAUUUUCAAAGCUGCUGCAGCACUCCCAUGCUGAAGGGAGGAAGGCUGGAGUACAGAAUGCUGUAUGCCCUGGGUGCCCCUUGCCUGCUGCUGGUACCAAGCUAGGGAAAGCACAGAUCAAGGCCCAUGUAAGUAGACAUCAUGAUGAGAGCUGGGCAGAAGCUGUCUGAAAUUGCUCACAAACACUAUUUUGUGUUUGCUGUUUGUAACUGUUGCCCCUCCCAGGUAUCCUCACCUCUCCUUCUUUCCAAGUUUCUCUUACAAACAUUUUAUAGGCUGCAUAUAGUGAGACAUUGACCCAGCUCUUAUCAUUGUCUACUGAGCAGGGCAGCAUUUCUCUGUUCACUGGUGCUAACAGCUGAAUUCUUAUACAGGGC